AUGGCCAGCCCUCCAGUCUGGAGCCAGACAGAGACCCCUCUCCCUGCUCCCCGGGGCGGAAGUGGCCAGGCCUGUCUGAGCAAAGGGGAGAUGCUGGGGGGCAGCACCAAAGGCUUGGAGAUGGAGAAUCGCCCUGGAAGGGCUUUGGAUUCCACCGCGGGCUCGCCGGGCUCGCCGGCCCUGCCUACCCGGACGCCCGCCGCCCAGGAGCCGCCUGAAGAAGCCUUGGAGGCCGCGCGGGGCGAGUCGGGCGCGGUGCAGCCGGUGGUGGGCAUCAGCCAGAGGGUCAAGACGAGGCCGGGCGAGAAGAAGGACCUGGGCACGCUGGGCUAUGUGUUGGGCAUUAUCAUGGUGGUAGUCCUCAUUGGCAUCGGAGUGGGGAUUGUGGUGGGAUACCUGUACAAGAGGGGCAAAGAUCUAAAAGAGCAGCGAGAGCAGAAAGCCAACGAGCGCGAAAUGCAGCGGAUCACUUUGCCCCUCUCGGCUUUCAGCAAUCCGGCCUGCGAGCUGGUGGAGGAGAACGUCAUUGUGGUGCACACAAACCCCACUCCGGUGGAGGAGAUUCAGGAGGGCAACACUCCACUCAUGGGCCAGGCCGGCACUCCGGGGGCUUGAAGGAGAGGCGCCCCCCCC